UACAGUGUAUGGAUAUAUGUGUAUACAUACAGGUACAAAAUCUACAGACACUGUUUGUUUAGCCUUUUUCACGUGAUGACCAAGUCGAGUCAUCCCUUUUAAAGUAUGUGGCGAGAAAAGUCUACUUGGUGACAAGACAGUGAAUAGAAGCUGUGCUUUUAGUCAUGUACUUACCACUUCCUUUGUGUGAAUUCAGUGUGGAGGAACAGUGCCCAACACGUGCUUCACUUACCCUCACUUGUUUUGGAGUUUCCAUGUGGUGCAGUGGGCUGAUUGUGGAAAACAGGAUCUCAUAGGCAUGGUUGAAUCUCUGUUAUACCUGCCUGUACCAGUAUAGUGGUUCGUAUCAAUGACACUAGGCAGUCACAAGUCUUAUACAAAGAUUUUUUUGAUUGAUUUCGCAAAUCAGCUAAAUGAGGCGAAAAAUGAUUUUCCGUCUGGGUCUGACGCUGGUGAUAUUUGUGGGGGUGCUGCUGUAUUACAUGAUAAAGAUGGAGAAGCAUGAUGACAGAGUGAAAGAUGACAUUCACAGCAAUGUGAGAGUGGCUGAUACACUAGAGGAACCUAGUGUGAUUGAGGACAAGAGAGAGUCCCACCUGGCUGCCAUGGAUACAGAUGACAAAUCACAGCAAGCAAACAACAACCAAGUUACCAGUGAGUGGUCAGGGGAGAUAAUGCACCUCUCAGUUGUGGCCUGUGGAGCCCCAAGAGUAGAAGAGACAAUGGUACUGCUCAAGUCAGCAAUUCUUCUGUCCAAGAGAAAACUAGUGUUCCAUGUGUUUGCUGAGGAUGAACUCCAUCAGUCCUUCAAGGACCAGCUAUCUUUCUGGCCAGAGGAGUUCCAGAAAAAGUUCAGGUUCAACAUUUACUCCAUCACCUUCCCUGCCGGUCAUGUGUCAGAGUGGAAGAGGCUGUUCAAACCCUGUGCUUCCCAGAGACUCUUUAUACCAGUAUUACUCAAAGAUGUUGACUCCAUUCUCUACGUCGACACGGACAUUUUGUUUCUGCGUCCAGUGGAUGAUGUUUGGGACCACUUCCACAAGUUUAAUUCUUCUCAGUUUGCGGCUUUAGCUCCAGAGCAUGAAGAUGAACAGACCAGCUGGUACAAAAGAUUUGCACGCCACCCAUACUAUGGCCAUUUAGGUGUGAACUCGGGUGUAAUGUUAAUGAACCUGACCCGAAUGAGGAAAUUUGAUUGGCUGACACAUGUCCUCAAGUAUUACCAGGAAUACAAGAUGAAGAUUACGUGGGGAGACCAGGAUGUAAUCAAUAUCAUCUUUCAUUACUUCCCAGAACGGCUUUAUGUGUAUGGUUGUGAUUGGAACUACCGGCCUGACCAUUGUAUGUACAUGAGCACCUGUAAACUGGCAGAGCAGGCUGGUAUCUCAGUUCUCCAUGGUAACCGUGGUGUGCUACAUAACGACAAACAGCCCACAUUUAAGGCCAUCUACGAUGCAUUCAGUCAGCAUCACUUCGGGGACUCUCUGCAGCACAGCCUUCUGGUGAAGAUGAAACAGAAUCUCGGUCGCACGCAGGUCACAAACUGUGGCCAAGUGGCCGAUAUCUUUAUAAAGCAGUUUGAACAGCAGGCGAUAGAGUGGCAGAAGAGACGAGAUGAACAAUGGAACUUGGGGCAAGACACUGUCAAGCAGGUGUAAGGAAAUCUCACUAGCUUUUUUGGCAAAAAGCUCAUGCCACGGAAGUAUCUCCAGUUGUUGUAGCAACCUGCGCUGUUCUUGUUAGCAAUCCUUAAUUGUCAGUUGAGCCAGGCAGUACAGGUGAUAAUUAAAUGUCACGGAUUUCAGCCUAUAUAUUCCCAAUUCAGUCAAGGUCUUGAUGUACAUACAGGAAAAUGCAGCAAAAUUUUGAGAGAUUUGUGUUGUUGAUGGAAACGUUGAUUAAGGAAAACAUUUGGCCAGAUCAUAUCACGUUAAUCUCAGAAAGUCUUCCUGUGGAUUUGUUUACAGAAUAAUACUAAAUGUUGUAGAAGUAUUAUAUUAAAAAUGUUACUGAAAGUGAGUGCCUGUAGGUACAUGUAAAUGAGCAAAAUGUUGUAAGUAUGUACAAUAUGUAACAUGCUAACUGUGGGCUCUGCUUGAUCUCCCCACCAAUAAACAUUAUGAGAAUCUCAACAAGUGAUAUAACCUCGAGUACUGAAUCAAUCAGAUGAAAAACUUAAAGCUAAGGCUUGAGAUCAGAUCAGAUCGAACCUACCACCUUCCGACUGCAAAAUAUAAUGACUGGCCAGAGCAGAUAUGUUUAUGUACUGAAGGCUGAGUAGUGAUACCAGGAUCUUAAGAAACUUUGGUUCUUUCAACACAGUUUCUACACAGAGAUGUGCUUCUGGGUUUGUUCUAAGUUAAUACUGAGUGAGUUUUUGCCUGUGCAUGUAUUGUUUACUGGUGAAAUUCAAAUGCAGAAACACCCUCUUGAGAGCGUUGUCGUUGACAUGUACACAGUCACAAUGGUUAUAUCAGAACAGAUCUCUUGAAGUUUACAUUUUGUUCAAAGAUGUGUUGCUUCAGUCUAUGAGAAAUGAAGUGCAAGUUUAUUUUACCUGUCAUAGCCCAUGAUGGGUAAUAUACAAGUAAGAUCUCUAUACCAAAGGAAUCCAGAUUCUGACCUGGGUCAAAGUCUAGUAGCUCAAAAAUACUGGAGAAACCAAUAUGUGGCAGUAUAACAAAGAAAGC